ACUAGCAAAUUACCUCAAAAUCUUAAACAUAGUACAUUAAUUUUAUAAAUCACGUAAAAUCCAAAUCAGCGAAAAGAAUGCCAUCGUUCCCAUGUGUUCAAAUUAUUCAUUUCUAUGGAUUCUAAUUCUAUCCAUAAUCCUCUCAAAACCCUAGCGAUGUCGUCGAAGAGGCAUAGAUGCGCAGCAUGUUUCAAGCAGUACAAGAAAAGGGAACAUCUUAUCGAGCAUAUGAAGAUCUCGUAUCACUCGGCUCACCAGCCUAAGUGUGGCGUAUGCCAAAAACACUGCAAAUCGUUCGAAUCACUGAAGGAGCACACAACUGGCGCACUGUCGAAAAGGAAUUGCUCCGAAGUUUUCUCCAAAAGAGGUUGUAAUCUCUGUAUGAGAAUUUUCGAAAGCCCAGUCUUUCUAAUUGAACACGAGCAUGUAUGUCGCCUACAGGCCCCUACUCCCUUGGGGCAUAGCGCAGAAUCUCAAAUCUAUGAUCCUCCACUAAUCAUUGAGAACGAGCGUGAAAGCCGCCCUGAGGCUGUUGCUAUUGAUUGUGCAAUGGCUGGUGGUGGAAGUGAUGGAACACUUGAUGUAUGUGUGAGGGUAUGUCUUGUCAACGAGGAUGAGAAACUGAUUUUCGACACAUACAUUCUUCCUCAAAUUCCUAUUACUAAUUAUAGGUAUGAGGUCACUGGGAUUACUGAGGACCAUCUAAAAGAUGCCAUGCCGCUAGAGGAAGUGCGGGAUAAGAUUCUGCAUAUUCUGCACAAUGGAGAAUCAAUUGGGAUAUUGCGCUUGAGUGGUGGAAAGGCCCGCGUUCUUGUAGGUCAUGAACUUGAACGUGACUUGUAUUGCCUAAGCACGCAUUAUCCCGAUCAUUUGCUUAGAGAUACAGCGAAGUACCCUCCUUUAAUGAAGACGAAUCUCAUGAGCCACUCGCUUAAAUACCUAGCCAACACCUAUCUCGGGUACCAUAUGCAGUCGGAGAUGCACGAUCCUUAUCAAAAUUGUGUAUCCGCGAUGAGAUUAUAUACGAGACUUCGCUCCCAGAAACACCAAACCAAAGCAAACGAGCUUCUAUCAACUUGCCGAAAGAUUACGAAGGGUUAUGACUCAUUGACGUACAAGGAGAUUGAGAGUAUGUCAUCAAACGAGCUCUUUGAUGUCUCAAAAUCUAAUUAUAAGUGUUGGUGUUUGGAUUAGCCCAUAGUUUACAUGAAUCCAUGUUUAGUUCAUGAUUUGGUGAUAGAUUUGCAGAGUUUAGAUAUAUUUUGUCAAAUUCAAUCAUUUGGGAUAAAAUCAUAAAAAUAGUGAUAAUUUGGAGUAUUUGACUAUCAAGUGAGUCCAUUGGACUCAGAUGAGUUUCACACUGGUUUUCCUUUUUGA